GAAGAUAAAUUUGAACAACAAAAGAAUUUAAUAUUUGGAGAAGGUGGGAAGGUGGUGGAGUUGCUGGUGGUGAGGUUUGAGAUUGAUAUUGGUGAGUCCUCCUAGUGACUGGUGAGUGAGUUUUAAUGCAAAAAGGGCUUUUUUUUUUUAAUGAGAUUCUCAGUUCAGUCUUAACACCAAAAGCCAAGAAGACCCCCCCAAAAUCCAAUUGAUUAGGAGAGAGAGAGAGAGAGAGGAAGAAGUAAGAAGAAGAAGAAGAUGAAGAAGAAGUAAGAAGAAGAAGAAGAAGAAGACACAUGCACAGUUCAAAGUCUACAACGAUUCCCAUUUCUUGUUCAUCCACGCUUUACUAAGUCCCAAAGGGUCUCUCUUUUUCCCCAGAGCUUACGCUCAGUUCGGUUCAAGGUUGCCAAUGAGUGCUCUGUCUAAAUUUAAGCCUAAACACGAUGUGAAUUUGCUUAAGAAAGAUUCCAGCCUUGGUUCUGUGCAAUCGGAAUCUCAAUUAUUUCUUAGCUGCCCAACAUGGGAGAAUUCAACUGAAUCACAUGCCCAACACUCAUCUAUAUCCCAAAGUCUAAGCCUAAGGAUGGGAGUUGCGGCACAUCAUCGUCAUAACACCAAGCAAUUGAGUUUUCAAUUCCAAGAUCAGGAUUCAUCCUCAACUCAAUCAACAUGUCAAUCUCACCCUGAAGUGGCUAGUGUGAAAGGUAGUAACCUUUGUGAAUAUGGCUUGGUUUCUACACAAUCAGGGUAUAAUCAAACCCAGGAGAAGCCCAUGGGAGGCCAUGGAAAGCAAGUCUCAUCGAUGGGAACUCAGGACUUUGUGUUCCCUUCACAACUUGAUUAUAAUCAACCAAUUGCUCACAUUCCAUUCCACUAUGCUGAACCGUACUUUGGUGGUUUACUUGCUGCUGCUACUUAUGGGCCUCAGACUAUGAUUCAUCAUUCACAGUUGGUUGGGAUGGCUCCUGCUCGAGUGCCCUUGCCUCUAGAUCUUACGGAAGACGAACCUAUUUAUGUCAAUGCAAAACAGUACCGCGCAAUUCUAAGGCGGAGACAGUUUCGAGCCAAGCUCGAAGCUCAGAACAAGCUUGUCAAAGCUCGUAAGCCAUAUCUUCAUGAAUCUAGGCAUCUCCAUGCAUUAAAGCGGGCUAGAGGAUCUGGCGGGCGCUUUCUUAACGCAAAGGAUGUUCAAGACAGUGACCCCACAGGCGAUGCACUGCAUGCCUCAGGCUCGGCUCAACAUCAUCUGACUGGAAACAAGAUGGAAUCUAAAAUUCAUCAGCAGAAAAACCACAAAAAUUGUUCUUCCUCCACCUCUUUCUCUGAAGUCACUAGUGGCUCCAACAGCGACGGUGUCUUUCAGCAGCAGGAGUUCAGGUUCUCUGGCUACCCCAUGCAUACUCACUCGGUUGAUUCGCGUGGGGGCAGGAACCAACUCCACAUCUCGACCCUCGGGUAAGAGAUGUGGCCUUCAACAGUUGACACAGCAGUCCGCCGUUUUCGGUGUCCAAACACCAAGCGGGUGGAAUUCAGCUGCUGGUGUUCCCUUGGGAAGUCAUCCUUGGCUCUUUUACGGUUUACUUUAGUGUUUUUCUUACCAUGUCAGCUUAGAUUGUUUAACUCAAAAAACAUGUUACUUCUACUGGUUGUGGUUUAACCUUAGAAUUUGGACAAACACAAGCAUGUUUGUGUGAACUAUGUUUAGGAUUUGGUGUUUGAUCACGAGAAAAUAAGUGCUUGGCAUGUGAUAAGAAAUUAUGUUCCUAGUUGUGAUU